AUGGCAGACACAUACGCUACCAAGGGUCUACCAGACCCGCCAUCCAUUUCAGUCAAGACAAUCCCCAUGGCAGGUUUGCUCGUCGACGUCUACGGUCUCGAUGAAUUGCCUCCCAACGUCCCAGUCUCAUGUCUUUGGCUCUUACACCCUCGAACCAGAACACGAGCAAGAAUGCAAGACAUUGCAAAGCGCACCAUCUUUGCAUGGACAUCCCAAGCUGGAUCAAAUCCCAAGCGAGGUUUCGUCGCUCUGUCCUUUGACAUGCCCAACCAUGGAACUAGACUUGUCAGCGAGGCAGCGAACCACGCCUGGGAUAAAGGCAACUCUACGCAUGCUAUUGACAUGUUUGGUAUGGUAAAAGGUGGUGUGGCUGAUAUGAGUGGUCUCAUGGAUCUUGUCUCUGGGUAUCUUGGUCGCGAAAUUGACGCACAUGUUUGUUUGGGCUGGAGUUUAGGUGGACAUAGUGCCUGGCAGGCCUUCUUUGGAGAAAAGAGGAUUGAUGCAGCUGUGGUAAUCAUCGGAUGCCCUGAUUUUGCAAACCUCAUGAGCGAUCGUGCUGCGCAAGCGAAUCUUGACUGCGGUGCCGAUUUCAUCGGAAGCAAGUAUUUCCCAAAGGACCUUGUCGGGACCUGUAGCUCUCAUGAUCCCAAAACGUUACUUUUCGGUACUUCGCCCAUCCCCUCUGGAGCUUUGCCAACUACCGAGCAGACUCGUCUGAGAACUAUCCUUGACGAGCGCAUCAGAGGCAAGAAAUUGCUUCUCUGCUCAGGAGGCAAUGAUGCUCUAGUUCCGUAUGCAAAUGCCAAGCCGUUUGUCACAAUGCUGAAAGAGGCUGUGAGCGAGAAGGGCUGGUAUCGUGAUGGGGGCGUGGAGUUGGAUGAUAGAGUGUAUGAGGGUGUUGGACAUAAGUUUAGUGCUGAUAUGGUGGAAGAUGCUGUGCGAUUCUUGGUAAAUGCUGUUGAAAAGGGACCGCGAGGGAAAAGUCAGGUAAGAGAGGGAGAAAAAAGUGUACUAUAG